AUGAGCCGAAGACUUCGCUCCACCCUUCCUGUCGCAACCACAAAGCUCGACCCUUCGCUGAUCAACAGCUCCACUUUUCGGUCUUCCCGAGAAAAUGAGCAAGAACGACAGCAAAAGUACUUCAAUAGAAAUGCAAAGAAUCUUCCUUCGUUAGCAAUAGGCGAGACUGUGAGAUUCAAGAAAGAUCCUGAUUCAAAGUGGACGCUGGCUACUGUUGUGGAGAAACUAUCAACUCCGCGAAGUUAUCUACUCCAAGCUGAAAAUGGAUCAAGAUAUAGAAGAAACAGAAUUCAUAUACGCAAGACUAACGAGAGACCUCUACAAACAGACAGUCCAGACCAAGUGGAGAAUCUUAUGCCAACAACCAUCACCGAAACACAACCAAAGGUACCGAGCACGAGCACUCCAACUAACCCAUCCACAACGCAGGCUACCAAGAAAACAAGUCGUUAUGGAAGAGUGAUCAACCCUAAUCCAAUAUAUAAAACUUAA